UGGUUGGUGCUGGACGGCCCCGUGGACACCCGCUGGGUGGAGGGCCUCAACCCCGUACUGGACGACAAUCGUACUCUAUGUCUCAGCUCCGGCGAGAUGAUGCCACUGCGGGACGGCGUGAGCUUGCUGCUGGAGACGGACUCCAUCGUGCAUGCCUCGCCGGCUACCGUGAGCCGGUGCGGUGUGGUGUACAUG